CGGGACCGAAAACUUUACCCUAGCCCCCACACCACACCACACCACCCCGCCGGCCAGCACGCGGUUCUCGCCGUUAUUCUCCCGAGGAGCGCCACCACCAUCUCCGCACCUCGCUCCACUCGGCCUAGGGUUGGAUCUCGAGGCACAAUGGAGGGCGUGACACCGGCGGCGGCGGCGGCGGCGGAGGUGAAAAACCCGAGGGUCUUCAUGGACGUCACCAUCGGCGGCGAGAUGGAGGGGAGGAUCGUGAUAGAGCUCUACGCGUCCGUCGUUCCGCGCACGGCGGAGAACUUCCGCGCGCUCUGCACGGGAGAGAAGGGCGUCGGCGCCGCCUCCGGCAAGCCGCUUCACUUCAAGGGAUCAUUCUUCCACCGCAUUAUCAAAGGUUUUAUGGUACAAGGUGGAGAUUUUACUGCUGGUGAUGGAACGGGAGGGGAGUCAAUUUAUGGUUCAAAGUUUGAGGAUGAGAACUUCAUUUUAAAGCAUGAGAGGAAAGGAAUAUUAUCAAUGGCUAAUUCUGGUCCCAACACAAAUGGAUCUCAGUUUUUCAUCACUACCACCCGAACACCUCACUUAGAUGGGAAGCAUGUAGUUUUUGGAAGAGUAAUAAAGGGAAUGGGGGUGGUUCGCUCAUGUGAGCACAUUCCUGUUGGAGAAGCUGACCGUCCCACAGCUGAUGCCGUAAUUUUUGAUUGUGGGGAACUCCCUGAAGGUGCCGAUGAUGGAGUUGUGAACUUUUUCAAGGAUGGUGACAUGUAUCCUGACUGGCCAAAUGAUCUUGAAGAGAAGCCUACAGAGGUUUCAUGGUGGAUGGAUGCUGUGGAGUAUGCUAAAGCUUUUGGGAACGGUAACUUUAAGAAACAAGAUUACAAGACAGCCCUGAGAAAGUAUAGAAAAGCUCUGCGCUACUUGGAUGUUUGCUGGGAGAAAGAAGAGAUAGAUGAAGAGAAGAGCACAGCACUACGGAAGACCAAGUCCAUAAUACUCACGAAUAGCUCUGCAUGCAAAAUGAAGUUGGGAGAUUUGACGGGUGCUUUGCUGGAUGCGGAUUUUGCACUGCGUGAAACGGAUGGGAAUGCUAAGGCUUUUUUCCGACAAGGACAGGCACACAUGGCACUUAAUGACAUUGAUGCAGCCGUGGAAAGCUUCCAGAAUGCGUUGGACUUGGAGCCGAGUGAUGGAGGAAUCAAACGAGAGCUGGCUGCUGCAAAGAAGAGGGUUGCCAACAGAUUAGAUAAGGAGCGAAAGUCAUUUGCUAGGAUGUUCCAAUCUUCAGGAAAAUCAGAUGAGAACAACAAAGAGGACAACUGAUCUGUAGUUUCUCCCCCUGGCAAACUUUUGGUCGCUUAAUCUGGGAUAGACACUAGAACUGUCAGCGGAAAAGGUUCUAGUUUUCUUGAUGCACACGAAUUGAAGGAUGCUUAUGCCUUGAAAAAAAAUUGAAGGAUGAUUUGUGUUGCAGGUAUACCAAGGAGCACUGCCUAGCAACAAUUGAAUCUAGAUACAGGAAAAAAUAGUGGGGGCCUGGGGGGAGGAGAGCUUUUGUCUUUUUACUACAGAGCUAGUCAAUGUUGUCGCGUCGUUUGAAAAACCUGAGACACUGAACUAAGCAGUGCAAUUUUCAGACGUUGCAAGUGGCAUGCAUGCCACUUAAUAGUAGACAUUUCCUCUUGUUUGGUCCCAUCGUGGUCAAGCCUGACAGUUGAUAAUCUUUGUGCACCCUUUGCUUUUGUGAUUA